AUGACAGGGAUUCCAUAUGUGUCUCUUCAUGAGGAGCUAGCUCCUCCCGGCCUAUUACUUGAGGGCUCACGUUAUCAUAAGAGAGGAUGUGGCAGUCAGUUCUACAACAAGAUGUGGGUAGAAGCUCAGCACUCUCUGGGACAACUGUUUCUGCAGGAGAUGCCAGAGGUGCCUCCCAAACCAGAGAAAGACCGCAUGGCAGUUGCCCAACAGCUUGGCACCUUGUACAUCAAAUAUGUGCAGAUCUUCCGCAACCUGGAGCUGGCUUAUGAUCAGAUGACCCAUCCACAGAAGCGAAGGCUCAUCAGAACUGUGCUGGACGGAGUAAUGGGACGGAUCCUGGAGCUAAAGAAUGAAAUGGUGGAUCUGGAAAUCUCAGAGUUUCAGUACUUCGACGACAUACUUCAGGAUAAGAAAAUGGGUCCUGAAUGUCUGGAUAUUCCAAUCCCAAGGUACUUUAUCAAAGAAAAGAUGAAAGUUUUAAAGGACCGUGAGCGGAUCCUAUCCCAAAUUCUGGAGCGUACUGGAGUCCAUGACAAGGAAGUGAUUAAAGCUGUAAAACCAUUGUCCCUGGACGAGGCUGUCCGUUUGAUCCAGGUGUCAGAGAGGGCACGUCAAGGGAGGCUGAGGGCAAAAUUCAUGAAAGAAAUCCACCUGGAGGAGAAACGAGAAAGAUUGGCAAGGCUGCAUGGAGAGAAAGCUCUAGAUCCUGAUGUGGCUGCAUUGCACAUCCAGAAGGUCUGGCGAGGAUACAUCCAAAGGAAGAGAACUAAGCAGCUACGGGAUGAGGAAAUGAUUUUCCUGGGAAUGGUUCCACCUCCAAAUUUUCAUAAAGUACGUAUGGCAACUGUAAUUGCUGAGAAGACUGAGUCUUUGCGAUUUGAGCUACAACAACAGUAUGAGGCAGAGUACCAGCACUCUCUGGUUCAAAUUAAAGCUACCAUCCAAGAGACCGAAGGACUAGACAUGAAAGAGACCCUGCAGGAUCAGAUCCGUCAGUGGUUCAUAGAGUGCAGGCAUGCAACAGGCAAAUUCCCAGAUUUUCCUGAUGAAGAAGAUGGGGGGUCCAAAGCUAUAUUUGCCCAGAAGACCCCUGAGCAGGUUGCUGCAGAACUUGCUGCCAAAGAAGAAGCAAAAGAAAAGAAAAAAAAGGACAAGGGAAAGAAGGAAAAGGGAAAGAAAAAAGGGAAGAAGGAGAAAGACAAAUCCAAAGGGAAAAAAGGAAAAGGGAAAGAAGAGGAGGAAGAGAAAGGCUGGAAGAUGAGCCCCAGUCGUUUCCUGCCUGAUAUUGUAUCAGUGAACAAGACAUACGAAAGUGUCUGGCAACAUCGGGAUGAAUCUUCAAACCUUCGACAGGCCCAUGAUGCUCAAUUAGUUAAAGAGGAGAAAAGAAAGGAAGUCGAGGAGGAAAUCAGAAUACAGGUAGAUGAACUGAUGAGACAAGAAUUGCAAAAUUUGAAGCUGGCGGUAGAUAGAGACAAGAGCAAAAAGAAGAAAGGAAAAAAAUCAGGGAAAAAAAAGAAGAAGGGGAAGAAAAGUGGAAAAAGAAAGAAGAAGGAAAAAGACCUGACACCAGACAGGAGCAUUGAUUCCCUCUAUGAAGAGCUCGUCUCGGAAGGUCUUCUAAUCAAACCAAAGCCAGUAAAACUGUCAGACUUUAUUGGUGAAUACAGUUACCUGGGCACCACUCUACGUCAGGCUGAUAUAGAGCCUAUGCCAUCUCUGAGAGAUGUCCGACAAUUGCUGGUAUUAUAUGGCAUCCUUCCCCUGGGCUGCGAGUCAGUUCAUGAGAAGGCACCAGUGGUGAAAACGUUGCUCCUGGCAGGACCUGCUGGUGUGGGGAAGAAAAUGCUGGUGAGCGCUGUCUGCAAUGAGACUGGCGCUAACCUUUUUAAUUUGUCGCCUGCCAACAUAGCUGGCAAAUACCCAGGCAAGAGUGGCUUGCAGAUGAUGAUCCAUAUGGUACUGAAGGUAGCACGUCAGCUCCAGCCAUCUGUCAUCUGGAUUGGAGAUGCAGAGAAAACAUUUUGUAAGAAGGUCCCGAAGGCAGAUAAGCAGUUGGAACCCAAGCGUCUGAAGAAAGACCUCCCAAAAUUUCUGAAGUCUUUGAAGUCAGAAGAUCGGAUUCUUGUUGUGGGAACCAGUCAGAGGCCAUUUGACGCAGAGAUCAAACCUUUUUGUAAAAUUUAUAAAAAGAUUGUUCUAAUCCCAAGGCCUGACUAUGCAGCACGUUUGGUUUUGUGGAAACAACUGAUCUCCCAUCGAGCAGGCAGUCUUGGUAUGUCCUUAAAUUUCAGUGCCCUGGCUAAAGUCACUGAUGGCUUCACCCCAAGUCACAUGGUGCAAGCGGUGGAAGCAGUACUGAAUGAAAGAAGAACCAGAGAGCUCGCCCGCAGACGACUGGUGGCAGCUGAAUUCAUAAACUCAUUGUCACGGCAGGAGCCGGUGUACAAAGAGGAAGAGGAGGCAUUUAAGGCCUGGUACGCAAAAACUCCCCUUGGGAAGAAGAGAAGCAAAGCUAUGUCAGGUGGAGAGGAUGAUUCUACAAAAGAAAAAGGAAAGAAAGGAAAGAAAGAUAAGAAAAAAAAGAAGUAGCUUCCACAUCGGCAGACUUGUGAUUGUCCUGGGAGCACGGAGCAGUAGACAUUAGGGAGGAAAGGGUUAAUAGGGGCAUUCUCUUGCCAUUUCAUAUCUGUGAACUGAGAUUUAAAUAAAAUAAAUCACAGGAAAAGGCUCAAGUUAACUGGGUAAACAUGGCAGCUAAAUUUGAAGUUAUUUUUCACUAAAUUAAUGUUGCAGCUACAUGAAAAUAUUUUUGUUUAACUUGAUUUUAGCUCUUUUGCAACUACAGGAGACCUUAAAGUAGUGAGGUUAAAAUGGCUCCUUUGUCCUGGAGCUGGUCAGUUAUACUCCUGGCAGGAUGGGUUAUCUCUGCUCUAUCUUUCCACACUGUUACAUAUGCUACAUGCAGAUUUGUGUGUAUAGAUGUUUAUAUUAUGUAUAUAUAGAGAGAGAACAUACUGUAUCUACAUGUAUGCUGCAAUAUAUAAAAUAUUAAAAAAAAGUUUUAUCUGUAAAA